AUGAUGGACCAGAUGAAUGCUGCGGCAAGUCUAGAACCGAGAGCGAAGGCCACCCUGGUUCUCAGAGGGGAAUCGUUCACAGUCAGCUCUGAGUCAGGUACCCUGUCGGAGCAGCUGGCGGCGAUGCGGGAGAAGAGCAUGGUGAUCCUCAAGGGCUACAUAACCAAGCACAACGCUCCGAACGAUGUCCCUGAUGAAUCCAUCGAGGGCUCAUCCGAUGAGGAGGGCGAAGCGCUUGCUAAAAAUCCUCUGAAGAAAUCUAGGAAGCAGAGGUGA